ACGAAACGUCAUUAAUCGUGUUUUAAAUAAUAAAAAACAUAAAUAUUUUGUUGUGGUGUGGCUCCCCACACAAAGAAUUUGCGUUAAAAGUGCUUUAAAGGGCCCCAUUUUCUAGUUGGAAUGGGCGAAAACGAAAGGCAGCCCCUUUUGGAGCAAGAAAACGUCUCCUACAACAACAGGAAUCUAGCUGGUCAAACUACAGUCAGUCCCAUUGGUCCUGAUGAAUUACCACCCCCAUUUUACCAAGCCCCAGAAGGCGGUGUGCCAAUGGUAACAUGUAGAGUGUGCCAAGCCAUGAUAGACAUUUCAGGCAAGCGAGAACAGCACGUUGUCAAGUGCGCUCAAUGUAACGAGGCUACUCCUAUUCGAAAUGCUCCGCCUGGUAAAAAAUACGUGAGGUGUCCUUGCAAUUGCCUACUGAUUUGCAAAAGUUCUUCGCAAAGGAUCGCUUGUCCUAGGCCCAAUUGCAAGAGGAUCAUUAAUUUGGCUCCCAGUCCUGUGACGCCGCCUGUACCUUCUAUGCCUGGAAUGUGCAGAGUGAUUUGUGGACAUUGUCAAGAUACAUUUUUGUUCAACACACUGAAUAAUGCCUUGGCUCGUUGUCCAAACUGCCAUAAAGUUUCCUCGGUAGGUCCGGAUUAUUCCAGAGGUCGUGGAAAUAUUUUCUUUAUUUUGACAAUCGUUUGCCUGGCGAUAGGGAUAGGAGUGACUGCAGGGACUUACUUCUAUGCAAAAAGCCACAGCGGCAUGUAUGUUGCCUAUGUAGGAGCCUUUAUUUUAGCCUUUAUUUUCCUUGUCCGAAGCAUAUAUUAUUACUUUAUGAAGGUGAGCAUCAUUGAAGGGCCAAUGUAAACUAUUAUAGGAUAAGGAACUAACCUGUUUAUGUUGUGAGCAUAUUUAUUGCGGUUCUCAAUCUAGAAACAUGAUAAUAUGAGAGUUAUUUUUUUUAGUAUUUUUUUUUUUUGUAAUCAUCAAUAGUGUGAUAUAAUUAUUAUUACUUGGUUAAUUAUUAUUAUUAUUGUUUUUUAUUUUAUUUGUAAUCUUUUUUUUUAUGGUAAUUUUUCUGGACAUUCCAAAAAAAAAAAUUAUCAAUUACUUUGUUCUAAUCCAGAAAUUUUUAAUUGAAUCUUAUUAUUAUAAUGUAGGA